AUGGCAACCAGCAACCAAUCUCAAUCUCAAUCUCAAUUCCAAGAUUUCUUGCCUGUAAUGGCGGAUAAACUGGGCGGCGAUGGUUUAAUUGAAGAACUAUGCAAUGGGUUUCAGUUGCUGAUGGAUCGUGAAAAGGGUGUGAUCACUUUCGAUAGUCUGAAGAAGAAUUCUUCCCUUUUAGGUCUUCAAGAUUUGUCAGAUGCUGAUCUUUUGAGCAUGUUGAGAGAAGGCGAUUUCGAUGGUGAUGGUGCGCUUAGUCAGAUGGAAUUUUGUGUUCUUAUGUUUAGAUUAAGUCCUGAUUUGAUGCAGCAAUCUGAGUUUUUGUUAGAAGAAGCUUUGGAACAGGAGUUCAAUAAUUUCCAACAUUGA